UAAAGAUCAACAAAGAAAGAAAGGUAUCCUUUCUAUUUAAGUUUGAUAAUAUUUGUUUAGAUUCAUUCUACCAGCAACAAUUAUGUCUGCUUCCUCUGAGAUUGUGGAUUCCGGUAGGUUUUCCGGCCACAAGACCACCGAGAAGUCCAAUUUCUCACAGACUUUCAACCUCUUGAGUCAAUACUUGAAGGAAAACGGAACUUUUGGAGAUCUCAGUCUUGGUAUGGCAACCGGCACCAUGAAUCUGUUUCCGGCGACCAACACGUCGUCCCACCGUCAGCAAGAUGCCACCGCCGCUGCCGCCGCUUCCCCUGUUUCAACCCAGGUCCCAAAAAAGCAACCGGAAUCAGCCCAAAUGACCAUCUUUUACGCCGGACAGGUGAUCGUACUUGAUGAUUUCCCAGCCGAGAAGGCCAUGGAAAUCAUGACGUUGGCCGGAAAAGGAACCACGCAGAAGACCCAAACUUUCCGGCCGGCUUCCGAUUGGAUCCCAAAACCAACCGAACCUUCGAAUCUGGUUGCUUCAAACAUCGAGAAAGAAAGCGUUCAGCUUCAGCCUGUUGUUUCUGAUCUUCCGAUCGCAAGAAAAGCUUCACUCGCUCGAUUCUUAGAGAAGAGGAAAGAAAGAAUCACAGCAAGAUCUCCAUAUCAAAGUGACAACCAUGGGAGUCCUUCGAAGCAAGAAGAAGGCAAAUCAUGGUUGGGAUUAGCAGCUGAAUCUCGUGGACAGUUUCAAGCCCAGUCAGCAUCAUAGAUUAUCAUCAUUAUAUAAAUAUUAUCGUGUUGUUAUGUUACUAUUGUUGUUAUAGUAUUAUUAUAUUAUUAUUAGUAUAAGUAAUGAUUAAUCGUGUAGGAUGCAUUUGUAUCAUGUUUUUACCAGAGACAUGGAUCUCAUGUGUUUUGGUUGACUAAAGCUUUCGGAAAGAUGUAUCUUUAACUGUUUUUACAUCUUUUCGUUUAUUGUUGUCGUAUGAUUUAAGUUAAGGAAACAAUGAGAUUUUUAUUG